AUGUCAACGAGCUGCUGAAGUUCAUUCGGACGCUGCACGAGGGAACCCUGGUGUUCGUGGCCUCCUACGACGACCCGGCCACCAAGAUGAACGAAGAGACGCGGAGGAUUUUCAGCGAGCUCGGCAGCAGUGUGGCCAAGGAGCUUGGCUUCCGUGACAGCUGGGUCUUCGUGGGGGCCAAGGGGGUGCAGGACAAAAGCCCCUUUGAGCAGCACACCAAGAACAGCAAGAGCACCAACAAGUAUGAAGGCUGGCCGGAGGCGCUGGAGAUGGAGGGCUGCAUCCCGCAAAAAAAGGCUGAUGGCCAGUGACCCCCUACCCCGACACUGUGCUGUCAGCCCCAUGCCGGGGAGGGGGGCUUGCUCCUUGAGUCUGCGGGUGGGUCUGGCAGGGGGUCCCCUUUCUCCAGCCCCAAGGAUGGGCCAGGCUGUUUCUGGCGAGGUGCCUGCCCCACUGAUUUUCUCGCUGGUGGUGGGCAGUCAAGGCCCCAUCCCCUCUAAGUGCCUUAUUCCCCCAGGCAGGCGUUAAGCCCAGUGCAUUCCUUUCCUUACUGACGGUCUCUGAGUGUGGAGGGGCUUGUUCCCUGCUCUCUACCCUGGAAUUAUCCCCACUCCAUGGAGAGCGAUGCCCCCAGUUCCAGCCUGGUGGGGGUGGGGAUAUGCUUGGGCCAGUCCCCUCCCUGGUGUGGUGAUUCAGUGGUGUCCCCCUGUGCUGAGAGGGGAAACUGCACGGGGGGGGCUAGCUUGAGGGCAGAGGGGUCUGUGACCUCCCACAGCCUGGGCCCUCCAUGGGGUCUGAAUAAAUGCAGCGCAGAGA